UAACAAACAGAACGAGUUCAGCUCGUGUGAAUAAAACAACAUGUGUAGAACCUAAAACCGAACCCGAACACAUCCACAAUAAUCUCUUCAUGAAGCUGCUGAAGGAGAACCUGAGAGAACGGUUCGGUUCCGAUGAGGGAUGGAGCUUAAAAACGAUUUCACUUCGAAUCCGAGUCCCGCGAACCGAGUGUCACGUGCUCCUCAUAAAUGGAGAAGCUUCUCGAAAUGUCUGAUUAUGUUCAUCUUCACCACCAUCAUCCUCGUCCUCGCAGCAUCUUCAUCUCUUCUUUGGUACUUUAUAGAAUACAGGGUUUGGGUUCAGGAGCCGCGUAUUAUUCAGCAGUACACGGCCAGAGUCUCCAUUCUGAAUGAGAACUUCACCAAAGAUCUCUCCAGACAUGAGAGCUCAGAGUUCAGAGUUCAGUCCAAGCGUGUGCAGAGCAUGGUGGAGAAGUUGGUGAAGUCCACAGAUCUGUCCAGAUACUUUAACUCUACGGUGGUCUUUGCUUUCGGGGACGGCAGUCUGGUGGCUCAUUUCUGGCUGCUCCUCUCGGUUCCCAGCAGUCACAGAGAUCAGAUGAACGUUCAGCGAGUGAAUGAAAGUCUUUACCGAGAGCUCCAACACUUUACAGGAAAAGAUGAACGGCACAUCUGCACUUAUGAUGGUUUUCAACUCCUACUUUCAUCUCUCACUAUAACCGAAACGACCCCUAAAGUUAUAGAUCUUUUUCAAGCUUCAUUUGAUUGUUAUCGGUAUCAGUCGGUGCUCUCCGCAGACGCUGUGAUACUGGAAGGGCCGAAUACACAGCGAUCGUCCUGUCUGUGGCACCUGAGGGCUCCUGCGGGCUCCCGGCUUGAGCUGAGGGUCGAGUGGCAUCUGUCCGAGUGUCGGGAUCGACUGAUCAUUUACGACUCCGUCACUCCCACAGAUACACACCUCAUCACCUCUCUGUAUGGCUGUAGCAGAUACGAGCGGAUCGUUCAGGUGUUGUCAUCUUCUGACUGGAUGACUGUAGUUUGGAAAGAGGGCCUGUAUAAUUAUAAAGAUCCUUUCUCUUUGAGUGCACGAGCCUGGCCGGAUCAGGAUUGUUUAUUCACUGUUGUGUUAGAGAAGAGAGAUGGCGUUCAGGGGAUUUUACAGACUCCUUUCUACCCCAGUUAUUACCCUCCAGACACCAACUGCACCUGGCUCUUUACUGUGCCGUCUGUAGAGUUCGGUUUAACUUUGGCUUUUGAGGGAUAUGAAUUGAAUCGUGCCAGUUACACGCAGACCUGCACGCAGGGCAAAUGGAGCAUCCAGAACCGCAGGAUGUGUGGGAUUCGAGCGCUGCAGCCGUACGCCGAGAGGAUUUACAUGCUGUCCUCCGAGGUCACGGUCGCCAUGACGUCAGAGGUGUCGCUCACGGGUCCGGGGUUACAGGUUCACUACAGCAUCUUCAACCAAUCGGAUCCGUGUCCGGGUCAGUUCCUGUGUAACGUCAACGGCCUUUGCGUCCCCGCGUGCGACGGUAUCGCCGACUGCCCCAACGGCCUGGACGAGAGAAACUGCGUGUGUAUCGCUCAGUUUCAGUGUACAGAAGACAGUCGGUGUGUUGACUACUAUAAAGUCUGUGACCAACACUCAGACUGCAGUGAAGGAAGCGAUGAGCAGAACUGCACUCAUGCUGUGCCGUGUUCAGACCUCACAUAUGUGUGUGGAGACGGAGCGUGUCUGAAAAAACCAAACCCAGAGUGUGAUUUUAUCACCGACUGCCCAGACAAAUCUGAUGAGAAAUACUGCGACUGUGGUCUGAGGCCGUUCAGCAGUCGUGUGGUGGGCGGGGCUGAUGCAGUGGAGGGGGAGUGGCCAUGGCAGGCAAGUCUGCAGGUCAGUGGUCGUCACAUAUGUGGAGGAGCUUUAGUCUCGGCCCAGUGGGUGAUAUCUGCAGCUCACUGCUUCUAUGAUGACAGACUGUUCUCCCCGUCAGUAUGGACGGUUUAUCUCGGUAAACUUCGUCUCAGUGGUAACAGUCAGACAGAGGAAGCCGUCCGGGUGUCACACAUUCACCUGCAUCAUUACUAUGACGAUGAGACGCACGAUUAUGACGCGGCGCUGCUGCGGUUGGUGCGGCCCGUGUGGUCGGGUACUUUAGCUCAUCCCGUCUGUCUGCCACCCAGAACGCAUCAACUGGAACCGGACCUGCUGUGUUGGGUCACGGGCUGGGGAGCGCUCCGAGAGGGAGGAGGAGCAAGUGAUGUUCUGCAGAAAGUAGACGUGCGAUUGGUCAGUGAACAAGCCUGUGUCCGUUCCUAUGGUUACGCCAUCACUCCCAGAAUGAUUUGUGCCGGUUAUCGGAGCGGAGGGAAAGACGCGUGUCAGGGUGACUCCGGAGGGCCGCUGGUGUGUCAGGAACCGUCUGGUCGCUGGUUUCUCGCUGGCGUGGUGAGCUGGGGCAGAGGAUGUGGACGGCCCGAUUAUUAUGGGGUUUAUACGCGUAUCACCAAACUCACCACCUGGAUCAAACAGCUCAUUUCUUCAUGAUGAACAUCUGAACUCUUGUGAGUUUAGAGACGAUUCAAACGGGUCAGGAGAAACCUUACAGACGAGAACUGUGAACAAUAAUAAGAGUUUCAUGAGUCUUCUGGGUAAUCUGGACUAUGACAGUGUAGUUUAUUUCUACACUGGUUCUGUUUUACUGGACUGAAUGAAGAGAAUAAGAGAUGUGUUCAUCCUCAAGUGAAGCACACAGACGGCUAAGCAUUGCUGUUUAUUUUGUUUUAGUGAUAAUCAGAUAAUAUAUUUACUAAAACAUUUACUCACCUUCCUGUUGGAUCAAGCCUAUAUGACUUUUGUGUGUUUGAAUGUAGGUCCAGGCUUUUGUUAUCAUACGAUGAAAGUGAACAGAUGAUCUCACACAUUAUAAAUGAGACACGAGAAUUAAUUUAUGAAGACAGACA